CUCAUAGCAGAUCCUGAAGAACUGUGCGACUUUUUUUUUUUUUCAUCAUUAGCGCUUUGUUUCAUUUCUCAUCUGUUUACCAGAAUUCUCGUAUAUCCCGCAUCUGGCCCUGGCGCAUUAAACAUUAUGGGCAGCGAUUUGAACAGGCUUAGACCGCACGAGUUCCUCAAUGAUACAUUGAUAGAGUUUGGUUUAAAGCUUUGGCUUGCUGAUCUCAAGGAGCAAAAUCCAGAUUUUGCGGAACAAAUUCACGUUUUCAGUUCGUUCUUCUAUAAGAAGCUCAACAACAAGAAAAGCUUGGAUGAAGGAUACCAAAGCGUGAAGAAAUGGACGUCGAGGGUUAAUAUAUUCUCGAAGAAAUACAUAAUUGUACCGAUUAACGAGAAUCUUCACUGGUACCUCGCCAUUAUCUAUGAACCCGAGCACACUCUUCUCCCACCUCUGCCUCAGAAAGAACCUUCGCUUUCUCAACGAGCAAAGCUAAGGCGAAAGACUGCUACUGAGCCAGACGUGAUCCCUAUGACAGAGCCUGAGGCUGCGCCAUCCGACGACCUACCAACAUCAGGAGCACGAUCAGAGCCAGAUGCUGAAGCAGCCUCACUGCACGCUACUUGCGCGUCCACGCCAAGUGUUACGCAAGAUGAAGACAUGGAUGAUAUCUCACCUGUGGACUUCACACAGUCAUGUUCAAUAUCCAACCUGCUUCCUCCGAUACUACUCAGGGCUUCAUCAACCAAUUCUGUAUCUACACAAGGCAGGUCUGCCUCUGUUGGCAAGGUCUCAGGAAGAUCGGUGUCCGUCGAAGCACAGGUAGACUUAGUUUUACCGACGUCUUCUCCACGUCUGGAACCGAUGGAUGUUGACGUCACCGUUAUCGACAUCGAUACGAUCCCAGAGGGGACCGAGCCAAAGGAUAAUCUUUCAUCUUCCAAUGCAUCAACCUCAAUACAGGUAUCCGAGCCUCCCAGCGCUCCAUCAUCGAAACCUCCGUCUCGUAUGACUGGUAUCUCUACGGCUCACUUUUAUGGAGCCUCUGCCAAGAGCAAGGGUAAGCAGAAGGCUGUUGAGCCCGCUGUUGUAACGGAUUCCGAAGAGGAGGACGAACUUAAUGAGGACGAGAAGCAUGAAAGGGAAGUAGAUGCUAUGUUGGACGUCCAACCCAGUUUUGCAACUCAGACUUCCAAUGAUCCUCUUAAUACCUGGAUCUUCACGCUUGAUUCCCUAGGUUCACGGCAUCCUCAGGCACAGAAGGUAUUGCGACAUUGGCUUAAGGCUGAAGCAAAAGACAAGCAACAACUUGACGAGGUGAGACUGGCCGAAGUCAAGCUUGCGCAGGUCCCAUCUCAGCCCAACUUUGCCGACUGCGGCGUCUACCUGCUACAUUUCGCUAAAACUUUCCUUUCAAAUCCUGUUUACUACUUCAACCUCAUCCACCAAAGCAAGAAAGUGUGUCCUGCCGAACAGCGCAAACUCGACUGGAAUGAGCGUGUGGUACAACAUUCCCGGAAAGAUCUUAUCGAACGGAUCCGAGCCCUUUCCGAAGAGUGGAAAGCUUCGAGGGUGGUGAAGGAAGAGGACGCGAAGCGCAAGCGGGGGAGCGAAGAGCUCAGGCAAGCUGAUAACGAUUCGGAUGUGGAGGUGGACAUCCUUGAGGACGUGAAGGUCCCACAGCCCACGCUCAAGUCAAAGGAGAAAGAUCGACCGGUGAAGAGGUUGCGUGGUUGAAGGGCCUUGGCACCUCCACUAACAAGGAAGCUACUUACGAGACUGAUUAUUUUUGAAGCAUACUUUUUACAUCCUGCAUACCGAGUCUCAUUGGACGGGUGUACCCUAUUAAUAAUGUCAAUGCUGGGCAUCAGAACACAAACAACCGCUGUACAAUCAUAAUGAAUUUAUUUCCAAAGUCUCAAGCAGUCAG